AUGCCGAGCGCCAGCGCGGGAGGGCAAGGGACGAGAGCCACGGAGGGGCUCCCACCGGCAGCAGUCGGGGGCUUCUCGGGGCGUGAAACCGGGCGUGAGGCAGGGACGCUGUUUUCUUUCACUGUGGGCAAGAGGAAAGGCUUUCAAAUACAACACCCCACGGCCUCCUUGAUAGCAAAAGUAGCAACAGCACAAGAUGACAUCACUGGAGAUGGUACCACUUCGAAUGUCUUGAUCAUUGGAGAACUCCUAAAGCAGGCAGAUCUCUAUAUUUCUGAGGGUUUGCACCCUAGAAUAGUAGCAGAAGGGUUUGAGAUUGCGAAGGAAAAAGCACUCGAGGUUUUGGAGCAAGUCAAAGUAACCAAGGAAAUGGACAGGGAGACCCUUAUAGAUGUGGCCAGAACAUCCCUCCGUACUAAAGUUCAUACUGAGCUUGCUGACAUCCUAACAGAGGCUGUAGUAGAUUCUGUUCUGACAGUCAGAAAACCAGAUGAGCCUAUUGACCUCCACAUGGUAGAGAUUAUGGAGAUGAAGCACAAAUCGGAAACUGACACAACCCUGAUUAGGGGGCUGGUUUUGGAUCAUGGUGCUCGUCAUCCUGACAUGAAGAAAAGAGUGGAAGAUGCCUAUGUUCUUACUUGCAAUGUAUCUCUAGAAUAUGAGAAAACAGAGGUGAGCUCUGGAUUCUUCUAUAAAAGUGCGGAAGAGAGAGAGAAGCUAGUGAAAGCCGAAAGAAAGUUCAUUGAAAAUAGAGUGAAGAAAAUCAUAGACUUGAAAAGACGAGUCUGUGGUGAUUCAGAUAAGGGAUUUAUUGUGAUCAACCAGAAGGGAAUUGACCCGUUUUCCUUUGAUGCACUUGCGAAAGAAGGAAUAGUUGCUUUGCGGAGAGCCAAAAGGAGGAAUAUGGAAAGACUGACCCUUGCAUGUGGUGGUACUGCCAUGAACUCUGUGGAGGAUCUCACUCCUGACUGUCUGGGACACGCGGGGCUUGUCUAUGAGUAUACACUGGGUGAAGAGAAAUACACCUUUAUUGAGAAAUGUGACAACCCCCGCUCUGUUACCCUGUUGAUCAGGGGGCCAAAUAAGCAUACGCUCACACAAAUCAAGGAUGCAGUAAGAGAUGGUCUGCGGGCUGUUAAAAACGCUAUUGAGGAUGGAUGCGUGGUUCCAGGAGCAGGGGCGCUGGAAGUGGCGGUAGCUAAUGCUCUUGUUAAGCAUAAACCUAAUGUGAAAGGAAGAGCCCAGCUUGGAGUUCAAGCUUUUGCUGAUGCUCUGCUCAUCAUUCCUAAGGUUCUCGCUCAGAACUCUGGUUACGAUCCCCAGGAAACAUUAGUGAAGGUUCAGACAGAGCACGCAGAAUCGGGGCAACUCACUGGCGUUGAUCUGAACACUGGUGAGCCAAUGGUAGCUGCAGCAGCUGGAAUCUGGGAUAAUUAUAAUGUCAAAAAGCAGCUGCUUCAUUCAUGCACGGUGAUCGCUAGCAACAUUCUCUUGGUGGAUGAAAUUAUGCGAGCUGGAAUGUCCUCUCUCAAAGGCUGAGCUGGAUCUGCUGCUGGUGGUGGUGGU